CCCAUUUUGUACCAUAUGGCACCGCCGGUGAGGUCGGUCCUCCCCGUCGUGUUCCUCGGCUGCGGCGGCGUCGGCCGCCACCUCCUCCGCCACAUCGUCUCCUGCCGGCCGCUCCACGCCAACCAGGGCGUCGCCAUCCAGGUGGUCGGCGUCGCCGACAGCUCCUCUCUGCUCGUUGCCGACGACCUCCACUCCAACGGCCUCGAUGACGCGCUCCUCACUGAUCUCUGCGCCAGUCCGCAGGCUCGCCCCUAUCUUCCCUGCUCGCUCGAGGUAGUUUCAGGGCAAUGCCAGAUAUUCAACAACCCUGAGGCCAGGACAAAAGUCAUUGAUACUGCUAGCGUUCUUGGAAAAACAACUGGUCUUGUACUAGUUGAUUGUUCUGCAACCUAUGAUACUGUUGGCGUGCUAAAGGAUGCUGUCGAUUGUGGAUGCUGUGUUGUAUUGGCAAACAAGAAACCUCUUACUUGUACAUAUGAGGAUUUUGAAAAGUUGGUCUCCAACUUCCGUCGGAUAAGAUUUGAAUCUACUGUUGGAGCUGGUUUGCCUGUAAUAGCUUCUGUAAGCCGUAUUAUUUCCUCUGGAGAUCCAAUCUCUCGUAUAGUCGGCAGUCUGAGUGGUACACUUGGUUAUGUGAUGAGUGAGCUGGAGGAUGGAAAGAGAUUUAGUGAGCAAUAUGUACGUAUGUGUGGAUAUAUAUAAAGUUUUCAUAUAUAU